AUGGCCAAAGACCAAGAACCUUCCCCGCCAUCAGUCUCCAGGCCAAAAGAUCGAGCAGAUAUUAACAGCAGCGUGGUCGUAAGCUGCGUAUCUACUGGAUUUUACCCAGAAGAGAUAACUCUUACCUGGUGGAAAAAUGAGGAGGAGUUGCGUGGAUCCAAGCUAAAUAUCCAGCCAUAUGGUGCAGACAAGACAUAUAAAGUACAAAGUAACAUCACUGUUCAAGCAGAAAUAGACUCGUAUGUUACUUGCAAAAUUAAUCACACAUCAUUAGACCAGCCUAUCAAUUCAACAUUUAAAAUAAAUGAUAUUGUGAAAGGAAAACCUUCACAUCCAACAAUUUCUGGGCCAACAAAGGAAAUUCAGCAAAAUACAAAUGUGACAUUAAGCUGUACAUCUGCAGGAUUUUACCCUCCAGACAUCAAUGUUACCUGGUGGGAGAAUGAAAUGGAGCUUCAUGGAACCAAACCAGAAGUCCAGUUUGAUAGUGAAAACAAGACAUAUCAAGUGCAAAGUAACAUCACUGUACUAGCAAAGGAAGAAUCAUCAAUUACCUGCAGAAUAAGUCAUACAGCUUUAGAACAACCUAUAAAUUCAACCUUCAACAUAAAUAUUAUGAAAGGUAAGCUGAGUGCUGCCACUAAUAUUACUUCUUUAAAAGAAAAUGAUAACGUUUGA